AUGUCCACAGUGGAGGCAGCUAUCGCGACCCCCGCCUCCACCGCCGUUGACUCCAAGUUUCUUGACAAGCAAAGCCGCACGAUUGGCACCUAUGGCCUGGAGACAAUGGUGAAGCUCAUUUCCUUCAAGGUGCUCAUCGUCGGCUGUGGUGGGGUUGGAAUUGAGGCGGCAAAGAAUCUCUCCAUGGCUGGGGUUCAUACAAUCAUCCUGUGUGACCCCGCAAAGGCUACGCCAAAAGAUAUGGGCGUUAACUUCGCCGUCACCGAGGCGGCACUGCGUGCUGGUCUCACCCGGGCCGAGGCGUCACAGCGAAUGGUCGCCGAAUUGAACCCGAACGUUCGUGUGCGAGUCGUGGAUGCCCUCAGCGAGGCGGUGGUGGGUCAAGUCAAUGCCCUCGUCUUCACCUCUGCUGCCCCUGAGUAUUCCCUGAAGACCCUCACGAGAUGGAAUAAGUUUUGUCACUCCCAUGCACCGCCCAUCUCAUUUAUUUUUGUCUUUCAAGGUGGCACGCUCGGGUCCGUAUUUGCCGAUCACGGCGCCCGCUUUACUGUAAAGGACCCGGAUGGUCGCCCAAUGCUGCAGAAGUCCAUUGUGGAGAUUCUCACGAAGCAGGACAAGACAGGCACGCCCUACACGCGUAUCCGCUACGAGACACCGGAGGGCCAAACCCCUGGCGCACUCCGAGACUACACCAAGGUCAAAUUUACGGAGGUGCGGGGACUGCGCAAGGCGAAUGGAGAAAGCGUCAACGAGUGCGUCUUCGACGGCGUGGUGUGCCCCAACGACCCCCACGACACGGUGCGCCUCUACCCUUCCCUCGAGAGCCAGGGCUACUCUGCGUAUGAGACCGGUGGCUUCAUACACGAACUGAAGGAAGUAUUCCAACUUGAAUUUAAAACGCUCGAUGAGGCCGUUGUGCGCCCUGGUCAAUUUGUUCCCGUCAGUCCUAUGAUGGAUGGAUCGGAGGAGUCGCAGUGGCAUCUCUUCCUGCAUGCGUUACUAAGAUUUGUGGAUAGACACAGGAGACCUCCGAAGCUACAUGAUGGAAAGGAAGCAGAAGAGGUGUUGUCUCUGGCCCAUGCCAUUAAUGUGGAGAACAAGGCAGUUAAGGAUAAACUUAAGAUCACGGAGCACCCAAUGUUUCUGGAACCAGAAAACGAGGAGUUCCCCGCACGUCUUGCACCCCCGCCGCCGCAUGUGCCACUCUGUGUGGAUCGCGUGGAUGAGUCUUAUAUUCGUACCCAGGCGCUUGUCUCCGAUACGAAGCUUCAACCACUGUGCGCCUUCUUUGGGGCCGUUGUGGCUCAAGAAAUUGUGAAAAUGACUGGUAAAUACAUGCCUAUUUGCCAAUGGUUUCACUUUAGCUCUUCCGCUAUUCUUGCGAGCAGUGCAUCUUACGUGGAUUCAAAUGACUACAAGCCAAGUAACUCGCGCUACGACCAUCUUAUUGCCCUACUUGGAAGAAAGUUUCAGGAGAAGCUUGGAAAUCUUCGUGUGUUUAUGGUUGGCUGUGGAGCACUGGGGUGUGAGAACAUCAAAAACUUUGCCCUCUGUGGAGUGGCAUGUGGGCCACGUGGUUCACUCCUCGUGACCGAUAAUGACCGUAUCGAGGUAUCGAACCUCAGUCGACAGUUUCUAUUCCGCGAGGAAAACGUUGGGCAGCCCAAGUCCGUCGCAGCAGCAGCACGAAUGCGCACCAUGAACAAGGACGCCGCUGUCGAUCCUCGCCAGGACUACGUCGGCGCAAGCACGGAGCACUUGUAUCAUGAUGUCUUCUGGAGCGGGCUGGAUGUUGUGGUGAAUGCCCUGGACAACAUGGAGGCACGCUUGUAUGUGGACCAGCAAUGCGUGAAGUUUCGCAAGAUUCUUGUGGAGGCCGGAACGAUGGGCACGGGCGGAAAUGUUGAUAUCAUCGUACCAGGCAAGACCACCUCCUACGCGGAUGGUGGUGCAGCAGACGCCUCUGGUGGUAUUCCCAUGUGUACCUUGCGCAAUUUCCCCUACAUCUUUGACCACUGCAUUGAGUGGGCCCGGGCCCAAUUCGAUGACCUUUUCGUUUCCCCAAUGCAGGCUGUGGGACAGCUCUUAGAGGACCCCAGUGGCUUCAAAGAACGCAUUGAACGAGAAGUUGCCGCUGCCCAAAGUCCAGGAGAACGACUCAGCCUGGUCGAAAAGCAUCUUGGUAUCUUGCAUACGCUACAACGGGUGCUUGCUAUCAUUUCUGCCGGAGUUGACAUGGAAAAAUGCUUCCAAUGUGCGUGGGAGGUGAUGUUUCACCUGUUCCGGGAUCGUAUUAUGGAUCUGCAGCGCUCCUUCCCGCGUAAUGCCAAGAAAAAGAACGGGGAAGACUUUUGGUCUGGUCAUCGUAAAUACCCAACGGCGUUGAACGUUGACCCGGCAAACAUUGCGUCUAACAAGGACGCAGUCGAAUUUCUCAUUGCCGGUGCCAACUUGUUCGCAUGUAUGUACGGUGUGCACCCGCGCAAGCAUGAGCCCCGCUUCAACGAUGAAAAUAAUCGUUGGAUGCGACAGUACCGCUCUAUGGAGUGGCUAAAUAAAAUGCUUGCGAGACGUGCAGUGCCCGUGUACCACCCUGGCGCCGUGGAUGGUCUCGAAGAUGAUCUCAUGGACGCCGUGCAGGCGCACGCCGAGGGCGAUACGGCGGGAACGAAGGAGCAGCAGCUGCAAGAUGUGCUCUGCAAUAUCGUCAGUGUGGCGGAGCGUUGUCGCGAGACAAGGGCUGUCCCACUGGAGUUUGAAAAGGAUGAUGAUGAUAACUUUCAUAUUGAUUUUGUGGCCGCCGCAAGCAAUCUUCGUGCAUCGAACUACGAUAUUCCGACACAGGAUCGGAUGAAGGUAAAACUUGUUGCAGGAAAGAUUAUUCCGGCCAUUGCAACAACGACCGCGGCUGUUACGGGGCUCGCGCUUAUCGAGUACUUUAAAGCCCUUCAAGAGAAGGACAUUUCCUGCCUCCGCAAUGGAAUGAUUGACGUGGGGACAAACUACUACGUUCUCUUUGAGCGCGACACCCCUAUUAAGAACCGUACCAAGGUCAUCAGCACAUACCUCCCUGAGCAAGACUACACGUACAAGAAGAAGCUUAUUCGCGUGCCAGACGGCUUCACGAAGUAUGAUACCAUUGAUGUUUCCCUGACGACAAGCACGACGGUGCAGGAAUUUGUCACAAUGCUCGAGGCACAACUGAAUGCCGCCCUACCGCCAGGCACGGAAGGCGCGUGUGAGGUGAUUGGUAUCGGUGUUGGCAAAGGCAUGCUGUGGAACGGGUCGAAGAGGCACGCAAACACAAACCUCCCGCUCAUGCAAUUGAUUGAGCGACAGAAGUUGGCAGAGGCUGGCGGGAAACUCCCGCGGCCGUUUUGGCAGAACCGCACGCAGUUCUGUGAGCUUGCCGUAACGGUGUCUUUGGAUGACGGGGACACAAGUGUGGAUGAGACGGACGUGGAGACUGCCAUGAUCCGUCUCCGCAUCACGCCGUAA